AUGUAUGUAACACCCUCUCAGCCUCGAAUAUCCUUUCUGGGAGAGGACGUUUCCCUGUUCCUUCCACAUUAUCAUUGGAGAAGUUCUGGAUUCGAACCCGACCGCACAAAUUUCCAUCUACUCGACGAGCGCCACCUUCCUCAUGCUUCUAUGCUGGCUCGCGACGCGGGCGUGCGGGAACUGCCACUCAUUGGUUUUCCGUAUCACGAAUUGGGUAACUUUGCUUGUCACACCUUCCCUGGUAUUCGUCGGCAGCACAUCGCUUCUGACUGGACGCCCCCUUGGAUGGCGGCCAACAUAGCUACUUCAACCCAUGCCAACGGUAACCCGCGCAUCUGGCGCAUGUGCGGAGGCAUCGACCUAACUGUACCCCUAUGUGACACGUUCCGCCGUGCUGCGCCCGCGGUGAAUUCCGGGCCCAGCAACUCUCCCAGAAAGGCAUUAAUAUUACACGCAACACACCAAUCAAAGCUGGGCCCUGGCUUGGACGCCAUCGGCGAGCAACACUUGAAUACAUCAGCCAACUCGCGGGAAAAGACAACUGGGCAUGUUUGUCACUCUACUGCUCGCAAGACGCACGGAUUUCCCUUGGACGUAAUCGUCGUCCGUCGUGAAGCGCAUCCCCGCCUGGCUAUUCGCUUCCUCACUGCGCCACGACUCAACCUUUCCAAUUAG